AUGAAGAUCGCUCCUUUCUGGGUCUCUAUGGCCCUUCUCUGCGACUACCCGGAGCCUGGCGCAGACUUUGAGGUCGCCAUUGAAAGCAGGGCCUCCUGCUGGGACUACUGUAACGCCCACCCUCCCUGCAACUUUGUUAUCUUCGCUGCCGGCAACCCUACCCUCGGCACCGGCACAUGCUGGCUGUACCCAGGUGAGACCUUUGAUGCGAGCAAAGGCAGUUCGAAUUGCUCCAAUCCCACCCUAUCUGUCUACAACGAGCCCGUGUAUUCUGGUGGGAGCGCAACCACCACUUCUGGCGCCUCUACCGCCACCGCGACUCCCUCUGCUAUUGCCUCGGUGUGCGGGUAUCCGGCGCCUAGUGACUGCUUUUACGAUUGUGUUGCCAGUACGGGUGCAUCGAGCUGCUUGAGUGAAUGUGCAAAGGCCGAUUCCUGCAGCUAUGUCGUCUUUAAUGCGGAGAAUUCGAGCGACUCGCCAUAUGCCUCGGGUACUUGCUGGAUCUAUGCGAACGGCACAUUUAACGCUGCGUCUGCAACCACUUGUACGGGCUCUCCGGACCAAUUUGUGUAUAACAACUUGUGUCCCAAGCCUUCAACUUCAUCGUCUUCCGGGUCAUCAUCUGCUACCGGACACUCUGGUGGCACUGGAACUACAGGCACUACUUCGGGCUCAGCUACUAGCGCUGCUACGAGCUCUAAUGGCACUGAAACCGCAGGCAGUACUACAGCCUCGACUACUACCAACAAGAAUUCUGCGCCUAGCGGCCUCUCGCUCCCUAGUCCAUGGGCAGCAGGCGUGGCCAUGUUAAUAUGGCAGGCCCUUUGA